AUGACUGUACCUCCUGAGCAAGCUAACCAAGCCUUGGAAAUCACAUUAGCCACCUUGCAAUCGCUUAUGAAGCGUUGCAUCAAGGUAAAGGAGGGCGAUCCCGAAGCCUUGAGGUUAUCGGAUGAGAUCGCCAGGCACGUGGCCAAGGACUUGAAAAUGUAUGGCGGGAGCGCCACCUCAUUCUCGCCGCAGCUGCUUUCCUUUGCUGCUGUGGUGAGAGAGAACUCAAAGGGCGGCGCCUUCGAGAGUGUCCCAGACUGGACCUCCGUUACAAACGACGACCCGCGCAUCAAGAGCCACCCGCGCUUCGACAAGACCAUUGAUUAUCUCUCCCCUUCACUCGACGAUCUUUCCACUAAUCCAGCAACGGCUAAUCCCCCUACCACCCUCACAACACCAACAACCAUCACACUGCCAUCGGCCUCAACAUCCAUGCCAUCCCUCAUGGAGUCCGAUGUCCUUGUUGAGCCCGAAGCGGAAACGAACGGAUCAUCGGGCCUUCAGAAGGGAGAGGCCGAGGACCAUCCCAUCCCCAUCGACACUCCCACAUCUCCGCCGGCAAAAUACAAUCUUUUCGUACCAGGCACCAAGAAGAGAAAGCCCGCCGCAGAAGAUACGGAUGAGGCCGUUGUCGUUCCCACCAACAAAUCGCCUUCCCCUUCUGAAGAGCCGGUGAAGAAAAAGAAGAAGGUUGAGUCCCAACCCAUUGCCAGGCCUGCAGUGUGGGGCUCGGAUGCUGAUAUUGCUACUCCAUGGAAGCAUUCCGUUCGCUACCACCCCUGGCAGUGCGACAAAUGCGUCAAAUUAGACAUUGCCUGCGUCGUCCUGCCGGACAAGAAAUUUGGAUUCACGCGCCUCGCCUGUGAAAAUUGCGACAGCAUGAAGAUUUCGUGCGCGAUCGACGGUGUUGGUGUCCGUCAGAGGUUGCAAGCGAAAGCGGCGAAAGCAUCCGCUGACCCGUCCCAACAACCAAAGCCCUCGAAAUCCCGGGCUAUCUCUAAGAAACCCAUGACGCGUGUUUCUCGCUCUCAACGGAGCAUCGCUAAACGUGAAGAUUCUGCAGAGAAAAAGCCGGAUGUCCUUCCGGGUCGGGCGCAAAUGCAGCCUGAACAUGUGCAACCGCCCGCUCCCAGUAACUUGCCCGACCCAGAGCCCACUGCAAGAGAAAUCUUACAGGGCAUCCAGGACCUCGGCAGGCGAUUGGAUCUCCUCGCCGCCAAUGAGCGGGUGGACACAUUGGAGGUGAGAGUGGGUUCGGUAGAGACAAACGUGCUUAAGCGGUUGGACGAGUUGGAGCAACGGCUCAAUGCAUCUGAUGCCCGUUGGAGAUCUUUGGAAACCCUCGGCUAA